UACGCUUUGUGGUACAGUCUAUCAUUUGAUUGAAAAUUUAUUUAUCUGCGAAGAAUCAAUAUUUUUUUAAGUACAAUCAAAAUGGAUUCUUAUGUAAUGCAGAUUCGGCGAGUGUGGCUCAACCAAGACGGGGAAGGAUUGGCGGAUCUCUUGUCUUUGCGACACAAUCAUGUUUUAAUGCCUCAAAUUGGAUCGGAAAGUGCCAUAAACAAAGUCAUGGAGCAUAUAUCUACACCAUUAGACGACUUGGUACUUUGUCACUUAAAAGCUGCAUCUGCUAUGAAAAAGAAUGAUCCAUUGGUUAUAUACAAUUAUCAAAGCUCAGCUGUACAAUAUCUUGCAAAGAUUCUACAAAUGCAAAAGGAAGAAAAUUGGAUGUUGCCAGUAAUGAAUGUAAUGUGUUUGGAACUAAGAUUAUUGGCGAUAGGUGCAGAAAAUUGUAAAAACAAUAAGAACGUAAAGCCGGGUGAAGUUUUAGAGAAAUGUGCAGAAUGUUUGAUGGCCUGUUUUCGAGUUUGUGCAGCUGACAGUAGAAGUUCGGAAGAAGACACAAAACGAUGGGGAAUGCUAGCUUUAAUUAAUCAGUUACUGAAAGUCUAUUUUAGAAUUAAUAAAUUACAUUUGUGCAGACCUUUGAUACGAGCCAUAGAAUCAUCUCCUUACAAAGAUCACUUUGCAUUGGCACAACAAAUUACUUACAAGUUUUUUGUUGGUCGGAAAGCAAUGUUUGACAGCGAUUAUAAGAUUGCCGACGAAUAUCUGACUUAUGCGUUUGAACAUUGUCACAUACAAUGCUCGAAGAAUAAAAGAUUGAUCUUGACUUAUCUUGUACCGGUCAAGAUGUUACUGGGAUAUAUGCCCAAGCAACAUCUCUUAGAGAAAUAUAACUUGAUGGAAUUUUGGGAGCUAAGGGAAUCUGUAAGGAAAGGAGAUUUACGUUCUUUAGAAAGAGUAAUGGCAAAACAUGAAACCUUUUUCAUCGACGCAGGCAUAUAUCUAAUUGUGGAAAAGCUCAAACUAAUCGCUUAUAGAAAUUUAUUUAAGAAAGUAUACUUGGCGUUGAAUACACAUCAAAUAUCAGUGAUGAGCUUGAUCGCGGCGUUACAGAUGUAUGGAAUGGAGGAUAUAGAUAUGGAUGAAACAGAAUGUCUUCUUGCCAAUUUAAUAUAUGAAGGCAAAAUUAAAGGUUACAUAUCUUACCAGCAUAAAAAGUUAGUUAUAUCUAAACAAAAUCCUUUUCCACCAUUAUCUACCAUUAUACCGUAAUUGAUCAUAAUUGUAAUUAUUGUUAUUUUUACAUAAUAAACGUGUUUUUUUCAAUGCAA